CUGCAUGCAGGCGCACAGCGCUGCUUAGCUAGCGGGGUCGCUCGCUAGAAAGCUACGCGAUAGCUUAGCUAACCUCACUCUGCGAUACAACCUCGAGACAAGUCGGGACAAGACCAGUCUCAGGGCUCACCAUACUCAAUGAGCGGACAGCGCAAUGUCAGAGCGCUCUGGGCAAACUGCAAAGGGGAAGGACGGCAAAACCAAGUAUGCGUCUCUCAACCUGUUUGAUACAUACAAAGGAAAGAGCCUUGAAACACAAAAGCCUGUUGUUCCCCCCCGCCAUGGCCUGCAGUCUCUUGGUAAAGUUGCCUCCGCACGGCGUAUGCCACCCCCUGCCAACCUGCCCAGUCUGAAGGCAGAGAACAAAGGCAACGAUCCCAACGUCUCGCUCGUUCCCAAAGACGGCACAGGAUGGGCAAGCAAACAGGAACAAGCAGACCCAAAGAGUACCGAUGCAUUGUCAGCACCGCAGCCGGAAUCGCAGCAGCCUGUGGCUUUACCGACACCUGCACCGACCCGCCCGAGAACCCCGCCAGCUUCAGAGGCUCUGGCCCCAGCUUCAACCCAGGCCGUAGGGGCAAGGUCCUGGGCACAGGCCAGUGUUACACAUGGAACACAAGGGGAUGGUGGAAAGGUAUCAAACCUACCGUCGCCAUUCUCUCGCGAGGAAUUUCCCACCCUGCAGGCGGCUGGCGACCAGGACAAAGCUGGCAGAGAACAGGGCACUGCAGAUCAGUGGUAUGGGCCCGGACCAAGCCUCCGCCCCCAGAACGUUACAAGUUGGCGGGACGGUGGGAGCCGCGCCCUGGCGCCCACCCUGUCUGGGGAGGGGGCAGUGGAGGGUGGCACUGCUGGGGCUCUUGUGAUGGAUGGGGCAGCCGGGGUCCCCCCUCCAAAUUCUCAGUCCCAUGGGCCACCUAGGAACCCUCCAGCAGGCAGCCCCGCCUUGCCCCUGCCUCAGCCCCCUGUGGGGCCUGGGUUCCCCCAAUACCGAGGGAUCAUGCCACCCUUCAUGUAUCCUCCAUACCUGCCCUUCCCGGCCCCCUAUGGCCCUCAGGGGCCCUUCAGGUACCCGGCACCCGGAGAAGGGCCUGCUCCAAGGUUCUCUCGUGGGCAGGGUGGUCCUGAUGGCAGGUCUCAGGGCGGCCCACGUGAUACAGGUGGAGAGGUUGUGAAGCGACCACCUAUCCUAAAGCAGGAUGACCUGAAAGAGUUAGAUGAGCUGGACCAUGAUGGAGAUGAGGGCUGGGCAGGGGCUCAUGAGGAGAUUGAUUACUCCGCCAAGUUGAAGUUCAGUGAUGAUGAAGGAGAUGAAGAGGGGGAAGAGGAGAAAACCGAGAGCAAGAAUGACUUGCGUGAGCCACAGAGGUCCCAGGAUGCCCCUCCUGUAACCUCUCGCUCUCGAGCCUCGGACAGCGGCGGAGACUCCCGCCGCACUCCUCCCACUAAUGCUGACAGCGGCCCCCAACCCUCCAGCAAGCCAGGAUGGGCCGAGGAGGGAGGCAGCGGCUGGGGGGGCCAAGGAGCUCCAACCAACUACCAGGACCGGCCCCAAAAUCAGGGUGCCCCUCAAGGCCCGGUGAAACCUGUCCCCAGCCAACUUCAGCCAGCACCAGGAGGCCCUUCUCCUCCUGCCCAACCGGGCCUACUGGUCCCUGGACCCCAGGAUAAUGAUGAGGAUGAGACCUGGCGCCAGCGCCGGAAGCAGUCCUCCACUGAGAUCUCUGCCGCUGUGGAGCGUGCUCGUCGCCGCCGCGAGGAGGAAGAACGUAGGAUGGAGGAAGAGAGACGCGCAGCCUGUGCAGAGAAACUAAAGAGGCUGGAUGAAAAGCAGCAACAGCAGCAGGGCAGCAACAUAGGAGUUGGUGGAAGCGGCUGUAAAAGCCCCAGCCUGGAUGGAAACUCUACAGCUGCCACAGCAGGCAGUCCUAGUCCAUCUAUUUCAGCCUCUGCCUCCUCCCCCAACAUCAGCCAGCCCCCAUCCCCCUGUGUGGACCCUGAGGAGCCUCCAGUGCUGGUUGUCCAGCCGGGGUCCAGUCCUGGAGUCAGUGAACGACAGCGAGCCAGCAGCAACAGCAGCUAUGACUCCACUGCAGAAGCCCAACAGUGUCCACAGCCAGCUGUGUCACAGCCACAGCAGCCGACGCUGGACGUACCUUUACCAGGAGAAAAUAAGGAAGAGAUCAUGGGCACUCCGCACAUUCGUGCAGGAAGUGGAGGUGAAAGAGGAGUCGACCCAGUGAAGAUUGAGAACAUUGGCGGAGGAGCAGGACGUCAAGCUGGUGGUCCUCCUGGCCAGGGUUACUCAAAGUACCAGAAGUCUCUUCCACCUCGAUUUCAGAGGCAGCAGCAGGAGCAGCUCCUGAAGCAGCAGCAGCAGUGGCAGCAGCAGCAACAACAGCAACAACAACAGCAACAACAGCAGCAGCAGCAGCAGCAGCAACAGCAACAGCACAGCCAGGCUUCACAAAGCCAGCUGUCCCCCCAGCCUCCACAGGGUCCUUCACCAGGUUCAACACCCCAGCCGGGUCCUGGACCAAAGCAAGGUGGACCAAUGUAUCAACCCAGCAAUAUGGUCCGACCCCCACCACUGCCAAUGAAUUUCGACCCUCGCUGGAUGAUGAUGCCCUACAUGGACCCCCGCAUGAUGCAGGGCCGGCCUCCGCCAAUGGAAUACUAUUCAGCAGGCAUGCACCCAUCAGGGCUUAUUGGGCGUGAGCGGUCUGAUUCGGGGGGAUCUGGUUCAGAACCCUUUGACAGGCAGCAACAGCACCCAGGACACCCUCACCGUGGGACCCCCCCUAUGGAUCCUAAGAUGGCCUGGGGGCAGGAGGUAUUCCCUGGCGGAGGGGAGGGCCGUGGGCUAACAUCACCCCUCAGGCAGAAGCAGGCUUUGGAGGAUGAAGAUGUAGCCAAAGGGCCCAGGAGCGACACUCCUCCACACCGCAUGCGAGAGGGUGGAUUGGGUACCAUCCAGCAGCCCGGCUCCAACUCUGGGACAUCUAAUCAGACUCCACCUCCAGUUGGAAAUCAAGUUGGGGCCCCAGGAGGAGGCCACCCUCAUCACUACAUGAGUGGGCGGGGCAACUACAGCAACUUCCCUGACCAGGGUGCAAGGAUGCAUCCCCACCAGCAGCAGCAGCAGCAGCAGCAGCAGCAGCAGCAGAGGGUUGAGAGGGGAAAUCAGCCGCAUGUCUACGCCCACCAGGAUGAAGGGCCCCCACGGGGGUCUCAGCAGGGACAGAUAUGGGGAGCCCUACACCCUCACUACGAUCGUAACGGUCGUGCCGAUCAUCCCCCUGUUGAGAGCAACUCUCAUCUCCACCACCAUCACGGCCACCACCCUCAGCAGCCUCACUUCUCUCUCCACCCCCACAAGCCAGAAAACAGCCGAGACAGAGUUGUUGAGGCCCCUGCUAAGAAGACAGACUCUUCUCCCCCAAUCAACCAACCUUCACUCUCAUCCUCCUGCUCUUCCUCCUCCUCCUCCUCUGCCAGGGAAGAUGGCAAUGUCAAAGUUGCCCUGCAUCAUCACCCAUCCCAGAGAGAGAGUGAAGCUGGUGUCGGGCAAAGUCAUGGUGAAAGAAGCAACAGUGGUAGUGCAAGCAGUAGCAUCCAUGCGAAACAGGAGAAAACGUGCCCGGCAUAUGCUCCCCAUUCCGCCAUGACUUCUAGCCCAACUCCCUCUCAACAUGGCAGUCAUACUCAGCCUCAGCAGCAGCACCCUCAUUCAAAAUCAAACCAAAGAGGGGGGCGGGAGCACAAGACCGAGACCCAGUGGGGCCCACGGCCUGGAAGCAGCAAUACGGGUGGGGGGUCCUCUCAUGGUAGGAGGACCAAUGCAGGAGGUGGGAACAACUCUCGUGGAGGGGAGGACUCCUCCAACACUCCAUCCGACCACAAACCCUCCCACCAGACAGGAGGCAGCAAUGCCAACAGGAGGGCUGGCCCCAUUAAGAAGCCAUUGCUUAAGGAGAUUAAGAGAGAUGGAGGGGAAGCUGAUGGAGGAGAAAAAACCAGCUUUGGGAAAGAGAAAGAGAAAGAUGGUGGCCAAUCCACCGCCAUAAAGCAGGAAGCCUCCUCCGCCUCCCAGAACACAUCAGCUCCAUCUAAAGAUGAACCAGCCCAGACAGCCAAACCUAGGAAUGCAGGAAAAGAACGAUCCACAGGAGGAGGUGGGGGCGGGUCUGGGAGAGGGCCCAAAGAUGUAGACACCACUUCUUCAGGAUUUUCAGGGUCCUCCUCAAGGAGGGACAGGGACCGCUCCUUUGAGAGAGGAGGGGGCCCCUCCCACCACCAUGGAGUCCCUGCCAAAGGCAGCAGAGCCAGUCGCGGACGAGGGGGAGAGUUCUAUGGGCGUGGCCGUGGUUUCCGUGGCACUUACACGGCUGCUGCUGGCCCCACUGGUGGCGGUCGAGGCAGAAUGGGUGGCAGGAGUGGCAGAGACUACCGCCCAUCCGUUGGCGGUGGCCACCACCAUGAGUCCAAGGGCGAGGGGGGCAGUGGCAGGCAUGGUCAGGAUCGGUCCCAGCAUAACCCAGCCAGGGCCAGGAACCGAAGUGAAACCCGCAGCGAGGGCUCAGAGUAUGAGGAAAUCCCCAAGAGAAGGAGGGAGAGAGGUUCAGAGACUGGCAGUGAGAGUGGUGCAAGUGACCUUGGUCCCUCCGACAAGGAAGACCAUCAUAAACCCAACACCAAGAAUGGCUCUGAUAAUGCCAACACCACUGGCAGCAGCAACAUGUCAUCUGCACCUCCUAGAGGUUCCCAGGCCCGGGUCUUCACUCCCAGGGGUGUACCCUCUAGGAGGGGCAGAGGUGGAGGUAGUGGAGGAGGAAACAGCUACAGAAGUGGUGGCAAUGUCGGAGGACCACCUGGGGGACACAGGGUUGGACCCAGCUCAGCAUCUCACAGCGGGUCCUCAAAGCCAUCAGCCUCAGCUCGGAAGCAGCAAGGCCCGCCACAAAGCUCUGGACCCAAAGACUUUGGCAGGGGAGGAAAUGGAGGAGAGAAGAAAGACAAGAUAGCUGAUGCAAGUCAUACUCAAAGUCAGGGGUCCAAUCCCCCUCAGCCGUCUUUGCCCGCUGCAGCACCUGCCUCCUUAUCUUCCACUGAAAAUGGAGGAGUUGUGACCCAGCAAGCUUCAACUAACCCGACGGCAAACUCUGGAGGGCCAAAUGCGCUCCCUCUUCCCACUAACCGUGGGUUUCCUCCCAGUGGGUUUGAGCGACCACCUAGACGUCGGCGCCACGGGCGAUCCCAGCAUCAGCAGGAUAAGCCCCCCCGCUUCCGGAGACUGAAGGAGCGAGAGAAUGCGGCACGGAUCAACGGAGGAGUGGGGGUCAGGGGAGGAAGACCCUCCUCUCCUUCCCUGAAUUCAGUUCAGGACAGUAACGGAGCCCCCAUCCCUGCUCCUGUGACGGGCAAUGCCCAAAAUGCAAACCACAACACCACACUAACAACCAACAAUAACAGUGGGGGCGGGCAUCUAAACAAUGCAAAUAGUCACCACCAUCACCACUACAACCAGGGCAACGCUGGGCAGACCCACCCCCAGCACCACCACAGCCAUGGAGCAAAGUCCCCUGACUUCACCAACCAGAACUCAGACCAGGCCAACGAGGAGUGGGAGACCGCCUCCGAGAGCAGCGACUUCACAGAGUUCAGAGACAGGGAGGGAGGAGGAGGAGGAGGGAAGUCCUAUUCUUCUCACCAUCCCCACCACCUGGGAAGGGGUGGAGGCGGUGGCGGAGGUGUGGUCGACCGCGACAUGACAGGAAAAGAGCCCUCAGCUAAUAAGAGAAGCUUCUCAAGCCAGCGUCCUGGCAUGGAGCGACAGAACCGCAGGGUCAACCCUGGAGGAGGGGGAGGGGGAGGGGGAGGAAGAGGCCCUCGAGGGCCGCCUGGUGGCGGCUCUGGCGGGCCUGGAAAUGGAGGUGGCAACCGCGGUGACCGGCGUGGCAACUGGCCCUCUCCGAAAAAUAGGAAGUGAUGAAAUUUUUCAAAACAUUUCAGAUGAACCCCACCCACAUUAAAACCACCCUCUCGCAUCUAAUCCCUUUUUGAUAAUUACUUCAUGGCUUAUCUGUUGGCAUCCCUAAGCAUAUUAGUGCAUUGUACAGUAUAUGGAGAUGGUAUUCAAAUUCACUUUAGCCCCCCCACCCAUUCCCUGGUCAUGUCUCUCCCUUUGCAUCAAUCUACUAUCUACCGUCCGUUAUUGUAAAUUUCUCCGUUUGUUCCUUCUUGCUCUCCAUUCAGUUGUGCCCCCUCACUCCCUCCCUCCCUCCCUCAAGAAUCUCACCCCAGUUUGAUAUGACAAGCAUGUGGUUCUGCAAAUGGAGGUGCACUUUGAUUUUUCAGAGGACAUUCAAACAAAGCUCCACACACACACACACACACACACACACACACACACACACACACACACACACACACACACACACAUAUAUACAAGCACAAAUAUGACAUAUUUACACACAGAACACAUGCAGUCAUGUGUUUGCAAAAUGAAAACGUUUAAAUUGGCAAAAAUGUUUGGAUUGGGCAAAUUUUUAUAUUUAUGUACCUGUGUAUAUUUCUACCACACUUUGGCCUUGGGUGGUAUUCAGUAGUGCAGUUCUGCAUUACUUCCCUCACAAAGGGAAAGAGUGCAGCUUCAUCUUUUAACAAGAACAAUGUACCAUAACAUGUUUUGUUUUCUCUUUGUGUCUUUUUUCUUUUUUCUUUUUUUGGCCUUGUGUCCAGUUGAGUUUCAGCCUCAAUGAAAUGUUAGGAGGGUGUGUUUUUUUUUUUCUUCUAAAAAGCAGGUCAUUAAAAAUACCUUUUUACUAAAUUCCCCAAUUCCUCCUUUUACUGACUUUUUGGUCUCCUACAAACUAUUUCUCUCAUUACUGUGAGCGAUGGGACACAUUGAAGUACUACCGCUCAGUGCUCACCUACACUUUGAUUUUUCUUUAAUACCAAUGUCUCUGCUGCCCCCUCCCCUUCUCAUUGUUGAACAGCUCUGACAUUUCCUGAGUUAUUGGUUGGUCCUUUUUAGGAAAUAGUAUUUUUCUGCCUCAGCGUAGCAUUGUCCUCACCUUCAGAAGUUCUACGUAACUCAAAAGUUUCCCCAAGUUUUAUUCUGUCAUUUGUGAGCUUAGUUUACCCUAUGACGACUGUAUUGCUAGCUUAAUGGCUUUAUUUUAACAUCCAUUAUUUCCUCAGUGACUUCCAUUUUUAUGGGAACACUGGGUUUUUUUCUCUCUGAGGAUGAAAUACCUAUCGAUCUUGUAAGAGGAAAAGAAAUGUUAAAUGAAAAUGUAGGUCAUAAUAGAAUAAAGAAAAGAAGUUUGACUUUCAUAUAAAUUGUUUAUGCUUUACUAGGUAUUUGAAUAUGUUCUAAUAAGCACUCCUUGUAGUAUAACAAAAACCCACGGGUGCUGUUAUUUCUUUUUUUUUCUCUUUUGUUGUGCAAGUUACAUGUGAUGCAACAGGACAGGUACUCUGUCUGGGCCCAGAGUACAGAGCCAGCCCGAGUAUUGUACCAUUAUACCCCACCCCUCUGUGCUCUUGUGGAGAAUCCUCACACCAAGAAAGGACUACUACCAAGAGCUCCUUGUCUGAGGAAGUAUUUUUCAUCGUGCGUGUUCUCGGAUUGGCUGUUUCAGUACAUGGUGUUGCAACCAGAAGCCCAAACUAAUAGAAUUCAGGACAAUGCUGACAGGGUGUCAUGCGAGUCACCUUCUUACAGUUGACACGGUUUCACAGAUUUCACUCGCAACGAAUAAUGCCGACCUGGAGUGUUGAAAAGAUAUUGGAUUGAUGUUAGGAUCACACUUGUAAACAUAGUUUGUAUCAUACAUGAAAGACAUAAAAUGGCACACAGAGACAUCCAAGCUGAACUAGACAGCGAUUUAUACACCUGCAUAAAUUCUUUCACUGCUGUAAGUUGGGGUUUGUGUUUGUUUACUGAAAACAGUUUGAAGAUCGUCUCUGGGAUGUUGUGAGUAGGGCAUUUGAUUUGUAUAUGUGCGUGCGUGUAUGUGUGUGGCAUGUGUGCGUUUUCUGGUGUUUGUGUAAUAACUCGGGAAGGGGGUGGGGGACCAGAGGGGUUAACAUGAAGCAAGCACUUUUCUGCCUUGUUUGCCCACACUUGAUUGAACCAAUAUCAUUAAGACAAUUCUACUGUUUCUUAAAUACAUCCACAUGUAUACAUUCAGCUGUGUGUAUAUGCUCAUCAUUCGAAUUAACAACAUGCAGUGGACAACUCCACCCGUUUUUUCUUUGUGUAAUUUAAUCAUACAUUCUUCUGCAGGCAAGUGAAGUUGGACAUAUUUUAUUUUUCUCACUUCUUAGCAUGAACACAAACCCAUCAGUGCAGCUUGCCUUGCCUGUUACUGAUAUUACACAUUGAUAGCUGAACACUUAACACUGGCUCAAAGAGUCCUUCAUCCAUCCUUAACUCUUAAUGUUGAUGUGCGCAUUAUUUUAUGUACCCAUGUUAAAAGAAAAAACAAAAGUAGUGUAUUCCAGGAAAAAAAUACUCAAAGAUUGUACUGUGUUUCCAGCAUUACCAAGGUACCUGGAGUGGUUCAAACUGUUUUUUUCUUUUUUUUUUUUUUUUUACCAUUUAUGGUUUUAUUAAUGGAACCGUAAUAUACACACAUGUAUGUAUAUUGGUAUGUAUCUAAGUUCUGUCUACCCCAACUUACAUUCCCACAAACAAAUGUUGCCAUUUUUAGUUCAAGGGAGCAAUGUACAAGCAGAGAAGUGUCUUAUUAUAAUAAAGUUAUACAGAGAAGGCAAAGUUAAAUAAA